UGGUGUGCCCGCUGCCCUGUAUGAAUGGCGGGCAGUGCACAUCCCGUAACCACUGCCUCUGCCCCCCCGAGUUUACGGGGCGCUUCUGCCAGGUGCCGGCGAGCCGCCAGGCCCAGGCCCAGGGGGGGCAGCAGCUGCUGCAGCCGGCAGCGCUGGGGCCCCUCGAGGGCCCGGCAGGUGAGACGGGCUCCAGCAAACACGCCAUCUACGCCGUGCAGGUGAUCUCCGACGCGCAUGGUGCCGGGGAGCCACCCGCCGGCCACAGCCCCAAGGCCACCGUCAGCCACUCCACCUUCAUGGUGCCCCUGGGGCCUGGGCACCACUCGUCUGAAGUACAGGUCCACCCCCCUCUGCUGAAUGUGCGCGUCCACCACCCGCCCGAUGCCUCCGUGCAGGUCCACCGCAUCGACAGCAUCAGCACCGAGGGCACCGGGCCGGGCGCCCAACACCACCUCAUCCAGCACCCGGCCCAGAGCUCCAUGGGCCAGAAACCCCCCACACCCCAUGCCCGGCCCCACACGCACAAACCCCUGGGACGCUGCUUCCAGGAGACCCUGCCCAAGCAAUCUUGUGGGAGCAACCCCCUUCCAGGCCUGACCAAGCAGGAGGAUUGCUGCGGGAGCAUCGGCACCUCCUGGGGGCAGAACAAGUGCCACAAAUGCCCCCACCUGCAGUACUCGGGGGUGCAGAAGACAGGCCCGAUCCGAGGGGAGCACGGGGGUGAUUGCCCACAGGGAUACAAGAGACUGAACAGCACCCACUGCCAGGACAUUAACGAGUGUGCCAUGCAGGGCGUGUGCCAGAAUGGCGAGUGUCUCAACACCCAGGGCAGCUUUCGCUGCGCAUGCAAACCUGGCCACAUGCUGGGCCCAUCCCGCAGCCAGUGUGUCCCAGAGAAGUCGGGGGAGAAGAGCCUGUGUUUCCGGCUGGUGAGCCCAGAACUCCAGUGUCAGCACCCACUGCCCACUAAGCUGACCCGCCAGAUGUGCUGCUGCAGCGUUGGCAAGGCCUGGGGGGCCCGCUGCGAGCGCUGCCCGGCUGAUGGCGCAGCUGCCUUCAAGGAGAUUUGCCCAGCGGGGAAGGGCUACCACAUCCUGACGUCCCACCAGACCCUGACCAUCCAGGGGGAGAGUGACUUCACCCUGCACAUCCACCCCGAUGGCACCACGGACCUGCAGCAGCAGCGCGAGCUGCCCAGCCUGCCACCCCUCGAGGGGGACUCUCAGGAGUCCGAAGCUGUCACGACGGCCAUGCUGCCAGCAUAUCGGACCAACUCAGAGGAGCAGUCAGUGGACCAGUUCUAUGCCAGUGCAGCCACCCUGGGCGCCCGCUACCCUGAGGUGGUGGCCCGUCCCACGACUGCCAUGGUGCAGAAGGUGCUGCCGGAUCAAUACACGCGUAGUGCCGUGGAGAUCGCACCCACGCAGGUGACAGAGACGGAUGAGUGCAAGCUGAACCGCAAUAUCUGUGGCCAUGGAGAGUGUGUCAUGAAUUUGUCCGGCUACACCUGCAUCUGCUACCCGGGCUAUCGCUGGCACGCCCAGCGCAGGUUCUGCACAGACGUGAACGAGUGUGAGGCGGAGCCAUGCGGCAUCGGCAAGGGCGUCUGCAUGAACACGGGCGGCUCCUACAACUGCCACUGCAACCGGGGGUACCAGCUGAAGGUGCACAAGGGCGUGCGCUCCUGCGUGGACAUUGAUGAGUGCUCCAAGCCCCACAUCUGUGGGGACGGGGGAGCCUGUGUCAACUACCCUGGGCACUACAAGUGUGAAUGCCACCCCGGCUACCGUCUCAAGCCUUCCCGCCAGCCCCUCUGUGAAGACAUUGAUGAGUGCCUGGACACCGGCACCUGCCCCGACGGGAAGUGUGAGAACCGGCCAGGCACCUACAAAUGCAGCCCCUGCCCUCCGGGCUUCCGGGGCCAGCAUGGGAUUUGCUAUGAUGUGGAUGAGUGCUCCGAGGAGACUCCGUGCAAACACGGCUGGUGUGAGAACCUGCCCGGCUCCUUCCGCUGCACCUGUGGGGAGGGAUUUGCACCCACACCCAAUGCCCGGAGCUGCCUGGAUGUGAAUGAGUGUGAGGAUCGGGGGCUUUGCCCCAACGGGGUCUGUGUCAACACCCUGGGCUCCUUUAAGUGCCAGUGCCCAGCUGGCUUCCACUCAGUGAAGGACAGGCCACGCUGUGAAGACAUUAACGAAUGUGACUUCCCGGCCGCCUGCAUCGAUGGCGAGUGUGUCAAUUCUGUGGGCUCCUACCGCUGCCUGUGCCGCGCCGGGUACAAGCUGGUGAAUGGCAGAAAGUGUCAAGAUAUUGACGAGUGUGCACUGGACCCCAGCUUGUGCCUGCCCCACGGGACGUGUGAGAAUGUGGACGGCUCCUACAUGUGCGUGUGCGAUGAGGGAUACACCCCAUCUGAGGAUCUACAUAGCUGUGAGGAUCUGGAGCCCCCCGACCACAAGAAGGAAUGCUACCUGAACUUCGAUGACACUGUUUUCUGUGACAGCGUCCUGGCCACCAACAUCACCCGCCAGGAAUGCUGCUGCUCACUGGGGGCUGGCUGGGGUGACCACUGUGAGAUCUACCCCUGUCCCGUGCCCAACUCAGCCGAGUUCCACUCCCUGUGCCCUGAUGGGAAAGGAUUCAUCCUGGAUGACAACAUUCUGAACUAUGGCAUCCCCGCCCACCGGGACAUUGACGAGUGCAGCCUGUUCAGGGAGGAGAUCUGCAAGGAGGGGAAGUGCGUCAACACGCAGCCGGGCUACGAGUGCUACUGCAAGCAAGGCUUCUACUACGAUGGCAACCUGCUCGAGUGUGUGGAUGUGGAUGAGUGCCUGGACGAGUCGAACUGCGUGAAUGGGCUGUGUGAGAACACGCGGGGGGCCUAUGUGUGCACCUGCCCUGCCCCUGCCGUCUAUGACUCCAACCACAAGAAGUGCCUGGCACCCAGCGAGAUCGAUGUGGAUGAGUGCCGGGACCCCGGGGCCUGCCGGCACGGGCGUUGCAUCAACACGCUGGGCUCCUUCUACUGUGAGUGCAGCCUGCCCUGGAUGCUGGAUCCCAGUGGCAAGGAAUGCCAGCUCCCCGACAUGCAGGCAGACCGGGCAGCUGAUCGGCGCGACAUCUGCUGGCAGCACCGGGGGGAGGACAGCAUGUGUGCCUCCCCACUCAAUGGCUACCACCUGACCUAUGAGGAGUGCUGCUGCCGCUACGGCAAAGGCUGGGGCUUCCAGUGCCGCGCGUGCCCCCCCCGCAGCCCAGGGCAGCAGUGUCAGCCAUCUCAGAGCGAGAGCAACUCCUUCUGGGACCUCAGCCCCUUGUUCCUGGGCAAAUCCCGCAAAGAGGAUGACACCUCAGAGGAGGAUUCAGAUGAAUGUCACUGCCUGAACGGCCGCUGCAUCCGGACCUACCACGGUGCAGUUUGCGAGUGCCCUGCUGGCUUCCAGCUAGACGCCACCCGCAUCCGCUGUCUGGACAUUGACGAGUGCCGGGAGCUGAACCAGCGAGGCCUGCUGUGCAAGAACGAGCGCUGCAUCAAUACCAAUGGCUCGUACCGCUGUGCCUGCAAGCCAGGCUUUGUCCGAUCCCGCCACCAUGGGGGCAUGUGCAUCCCCCAGCGUCGCCGAUAGCCCUGUCAUCCACCGGGGGCGCUGCCAGCUGACACAAGAGAGACACUCUGUCGCUAAGGGUUCACAUCCUGUUUGGGGGGAACGUAAUAUUUUUUAAUUGCUAAAAAUGGGGCAUUUUAUUGGGUUUUCCUCCAUCUGCAAGAUUUUUUUAUUAGCAUUAUCUUAGGGCUGCAUUUGCACUCGUUUCUGUAGGAACCAGGUAUACAAAAGCCAACAACCCUGUAAAUAAUGAGAAGGAAGCUAAUUAAUUAAUUAAAUUGCGGGAGUGGAUCCUGGG